AUGCAGUUCUCCAAGGUCGUCGUUGCUCUCAUCACCUCCGCCGUUGCUGUUUCUGCGGCACCAGCAUCUGGCAAGGCUGCAACUAUGGCUGACCUCAAGGUCCAAGCCCAAUCUACCAUCAAAGCCCUCCAGGAUGAUGGCUGCGACACCUUGAAGUGCAUCGCUUCUCUCGCUGGUGAUACCGCUGCUUGCGGUGCUGCUGCCGCCCAGGCUGGCUUGGACCCUCUUGCUGAUGUUGCCUGCUUCGCCUCUGUCGGCUCCACUGUUGCCAAUGACGCUUGCUCUGGCUGCUUCUAA